GCUUAUUUGAUAAUUUAAAAUGGAGAAAAAUGUUAUAUCGCCUUCCUCAACAAGAGGAUAUUCUGAAGAGAGGGAGCUAGAUUUUAGUGUUCCAAACCAGCUUCGACAGUUGCCGAUGAUAGGAUUGAGCAAGUAUAACUCUGAGCAAAGAUUAGCCCUGCAGAGGCCCAGUAGGAAUAAAAAUCCCUUUAUUGCUGGUGUCACCAGUCUCGGAAAACGGACCUAUGAUACUGAAAUGCUCCUUGUGCAUAACGAGAUCAGCCAAAUAGAGAGAUCUAGGGCUCUCAAUCUGAAUCAGAAGAGAAAGAAAUCAAAAAUAAGUUUAAAUUAUAACAGUGGAAGUAGGACUGACCGUACAGGUAUUAUUAGAAAGAUCAAGAGCAUCAAACCACAGACUGUUACAGGCAAAAUGAGAGACAAGAUUUUCAAUAUUGACCCUAGCCUUUGUCGGAACCAAAUUGCUAAACUUAAGAGAACCCUUGCUGUGGAUAGGAAGUCAAGGCAUACCCAACAGAGUGAAGGAAGAGAGCUUGUCUCUAGCCAAAGUACCAGGCAGAUCAGUGUUCCAAGGCUAACCUCUCCCAGAGAGAACAGUGAGGACAGACGAGAAUAUCUAGAUGGUUGAAAACUGAUUCUCAGAAAAGAAAUAUCAAUCAAUGACAAAUACGAUGAAACUCGUAAACUUGUGGAAUAUAUCAAGAAUGAGAAGGAAAGACUUGAUAUGUCAAGGCAAGCUUUUGAGAUCGACAAGAAAAAGUUCAUGGACUACAAGUUCAUGCUUAAGGAAGACAUCUCAGUAAUCCAAGGACAGGUGAAGAAGAUGGCUAAAAAGAAAUCAGAGAUGGAAUACGAUUGUUAUAGGAAGAUGGCCCAAAUCUCUGAAAUUCAAAAUGAAAUUAAUAGGAUAAAUGAGAAAAUAGAUACAAAUGAAGGUCACAGAGAGUUUAUAGAAGAUGUUCACAAGUUCAGAGGCAUCCAGAAGUUGAAGCACUCUAUAAAGAUGAAUAAGCAGCAUUCUAAAGCAAUCUUGCCAAAUUUGGAGAACCAUAAGAACUUACUAAAGGAAGUCGUGAUGAAGUAUAGGCAGGAUCAUAAAAAUAAACUUUUCAUCACGGAGAGAGACCAUGGAGACGAAUCCAUAGAGAUUAAGACUGAAUCCUCUCAACAAGAAGAGGAAAUACUAGAUGAAAAAUCUCUGUUUAACAAACAAAAGAUGCUAGAUAUUCUAAGUGCUCUUGAGGAAGACAAUCUCUUUAUUUUGACACAGAUUCAAGAGAAAGAAUUCAAUUAUGAGGAUUUGAAGAAGCUCUUUAAUAAUAAGAUUCAGGCAAAGGAAGAUGAAAUUUCCAAAGUAAAGGACAAGAUAACUCAAAUCAAAUAAGUCAAAUUUGUCAAAGAUGCCUAACUUCAAGGUAAAGGAGCCAUUGAGUGAGGAAGCCAAGUUUAGGCUUGAGUCUUUUAUGAAAGAAGUUAACUAUAAACUAUACGAAAUUCACAAAAUUCAGACAAGUGACUUAGACAAUCACGAUGAAUUUGCAGAAUCCAUGGCUCGAAGACAAGGAGGCUCUAUUCCUCUAGCCUUAGCAGAGGAUACCCCCGAAGGUGUACUAGAGUCCUGCAUGAACAUGCUUAGAAAGAUCGAAAUUGAGUACCAUAAUGUCUCUGAUAAACUAGAUGUAGAUAAUCCUCUAGUUAUGGAGGCUAUUAAGAAGGUUAGUGCUGAUAGAAAGCAAAAAUAAGAUUCGUGAAGCCCAGAAAGAGAUCAAUGAAGCCAAGCAAGAACAACUUGAGCUGAAUAAAAUUAAGCUUAUCAAGAAAGAAGAUUUGAGUCAGAAUAAUUUGUUUAGAGGAAAGCCUCUUGCUUUCAAAUCCAGAAAGAAUAAAAUUAAGAAGAAGAAAAAUAUCAAAAAUGAGUAUACAGAAGAAGAGGUUGAUUUUAUGAGAUAUGUCAAUCACAAAAAGAUGGAGUAA